AUGAAUGUGGAAUUAAUCGGACAAAAACUAUUUGUAACACAUGGACAUGGGGCAUCAAAGGAUAAUGCUAGUGCAACUUAUCCAUAUCAUGAAGAGUCAACCAAAGCUAGAGUUUACCCCUCAACAGAAAACAGUGACAUUGGAAAACUUGGCUACCCAAUUAGGUUUAUUUUGGCACGACUUUCGAAUCCUGAACGCUCCACAACAUUGCUAAUAGUUAUCAUUAAUGUAUAUUUACUUGGUUUUAAAGCUGGAGAUUACUCUUACUACUUCAACGAUACUUCUAACGAUAUAUAUAAUCUUCAUCCUCUGCAAGCCAAAAACAAAGAUAGACUUCCAUUCAACAGUAGCUAUCCUGCCCUGAAGAAUUAUGGAGCAUUUAGAGACCAAACAAUAUUGGGAAUCACACAAUUAAAAUCAGGCAGUGUGACAGCAGCCCAAGUCGCACACGAUGUUCUAGUUGAUAUCCAAAUGGUUUCAGAAGCUGCGCGGUUUAAAUAUAUCGAAGAUCAAUUGGUAGAGGAUUUCUUCUAUCUCAAUCCGAAAAGAGGGGAUUUGAUCAGCCUUAAGAACAAAUGGGAGGAUAUCUCCUUUGCAAUACAAAGAUCUAAAGAUGGAACCUUUGAUACAAUACAGUUGCAGGAUAAAUAUUACAACAAAUUUAAUGUGUCCACUGUUACAGACGUUAAGCCCAAGUUGGCACUCUUGCUGUAUUUGGCCACAAGCAUCCAGUCUUGGGGAUAUAAUGGGGACAAUAGCAACAAGCUGCUGUCAAUGCUUUGAUUAUGUAUUUAUAAUGUUGUUCAACAUUGAGUGCUUAACAUUUGGAUCUGUGUUUGCUA